CGGGGGAAACCACGGUCCCGCUGCCCAGGCUGCUCAGGCAGCCUCAGGUUGGUGCGCUCCUCUCCUCUCCGGAGCCGUCCAGGGCGCCGCGGCUCUCUCUCCAACCCGGGCAGCCCCGGCGGCGAGGAGGCAGGAGCCCCCCCAGAAUCCCCCCGGAACCGUGGCUGCGGACUCCUCUCCCGCCGACUCCCCGCAGGAAAGCACCGCCGGGGCCACCCCAGGCGGGUGGCGCGGCCCCCUCGCCCGGCCCGGCUCCCCAACAUGCUGGACGGGCUGAAGAUGGAGGAGAGUUUGCAGAGCGCCCUGGACCCCGCGGCCCCUUUCUCCUCCCUGCUUGGCAGAGCCGCGACCCCCAAGUCCGUGUGCGAAGGGUGCCAGCGGGUCAUUUCGGACCGGUUCCUGCUGCGCCUCAACGACAGCCUGUGGCAUGAGCAGUGCGUCCAGUGCGCGUCCUGCAAGGAGCCCCUGCAGACCACCUGCUUCUAUCGCGACAAGAAGCUCUACUGCAAGCUGGACUAUGAGAAGCUGUUUGCUGUGAAGUGUGCGGGGUGCCUGGCAGCCAUCGCCCCCAGCGAGCUGGUGAUGCGGGCCCAGCAGAGCGUUUACCACCUGCGGUGCUUCUGCUGCUGCGUCUGCGAGCGGCGGCUGCAGAAAGGGGACGAGUUCGUGCUGAAGGAAGGGCAGCUCCUCUGUAAGGGCGACUACGAGAAGGAGCGGGAGCUGCUGAGCUUGGUGAGCCCGGCUCUGUCGGAUUCUGGCAAAAGCGAGGAUGAGGACAGCAUCUGCAAACUGGGCCAGGCCUCAGGGAAGGGUGCUGAGGAUGGGAAGGAUCACAAGAGGCCCAAAAGACCCCGGACAAUCCUGACCACGCAGCAGAGGAGGGCAUUCAAAGCAUCCUUUGAGGUCUCCUCCAAGCCCUGCAGGAAGGUGCGGGAGACACUGGCAGCUGAGACGGGGCUGAGCGUCCGUGUGGUGCAGGUCUGGUUCCAGAACCAGCGAGCAAAGAUGAAGAAGCUUGCCAGGAGGCAGCAGCAGCAGCAGCAGGAUCAGCAAAACACACAGCGCCUGAGCUCAGCCCAGACAAACGGAGGCAGCAGCACAGGGCUGGAGGGGAUGCUGAACCCCUACAACGCUCUGCCCCCACCCCAGGGGCUGCUGGGCAUGGAGCAAAGUGUCUACGGCUCUGACCCCUUCAGGCAAGGGCUCACCCCCCCACAGAUGCCUGGAGACCACAUGCACCCCUAUGGUGCUGAGCCCCUCUUCCACGACUUGGAUAGCGACGAUACCUCACUGAGCAACCUGGGCGACUGCUUCCUGGCUACAGCAGAUGCAGGGCCACUCCAGGCACGAGUGGGGAACCCCAUCGACCACCUCUACUCCAUGCAGAACUCCUACUUCACCUCCUGA